AUGAUAGAAGAAGAAGUAGAAGAGAAGGAAAAACCAGCUGAAGAAGAAGAACCCAAGGAAGAAGAAGUAGAAGAGAAGGAAAAACCAGCUGAAGAAGAAAAACCCAAGGAAGAAAAACCAGCUGAAAAAGAAGAAGAACUAGAGGAGGAGGAAGUCCUCUCGGGUGAUGUGAAGCCUGGGAUGGCUGUGUAUUUCAAGGGAACUGUUCCAAAUGAGAUCACACGUUUUGCCGUCGACCUGCGGUGUGGGGACACGAAAGACUCUGACAUAGCCUUCCGGUUCGAGUCCCGGUUCGAGCCCUCCGAGGUGCUGGUGUUCAACAGCUUCAAGAAUGGCAGCUGGGAAGAGGAGGACAGGGUCAAUGAGAUGCCCUUCCGUAGGGGGGAGAGCUUUGAGCUGGUCUUCCAUGUCUUAGAAGAGGGCUACCAGGUGUAUGUAGCCCGUCGCAAGAUCUACUUGUUCAAGCACCGUAUACCAGUGGAGCAGGUGACCUCUGUGCAGGUCAUUGGGGAGAUCUCCAUGCAGACCUCCAACCUCCUUAAUAUUGGACAAUUCACAAUGACGCAGGAACCAGAUGAUGAUGUGGAUGAGACCACCCAAGUUAUGAUGUCCAUCCCAGGCAGUCUGAAGUCUGGGUUGUCAAUGUCCUUCCAGGGAAUGAUUCCCGAUGAGAGCACCAGGUUCACCAUUGACCUGCAGUGUGGAGACACUGAGGGCUGUGACACAGCGUUCCGCUUCAACCCCCGGCUGGAGACCUCAGAGGUGGUGUUCAACAGCUUCAGAAAUGGCAGCUGGGAAGAAGAGGAGAAGGUCGUCGAGAUGCCCUUCAUUAAGGGAGAGAGCUUUUUGCUGGUCUUCAUGUUGAAGUCUGAUGGCUACCAGGUGAAUGUGAAUGGUUGUCCAUUGUACAUGUUCAAGCACCGAAUGGUGUUGGAGCAAGUGCGUGGCAUAAGGAUCUUCGGUGGCGUCUCCAUUCAGAAUGUCAACAUCGUCGAGAUAGUACAAGAGGUAAUAGAAAUACCGGAAGAAGAAACCGAGGCCAUCCAGGCUGAGGCACCCAUCCCAGGCAGUUUGAAGGCAGGGACGACACUGACCCUCCUGGGAACGAUUCCUGAAGAGACCAAGAGUUUCAGCAUCAACCUGCAGUGUGGGGAGGCUGCAGGCUGCGACACAGCGUUCCACUUCAACCCCAAAUUUGAGACCUCAGAGGUGGAGUUCAACACCUUCCGAAAUGGCAGCUGGGAAGAGGCUGAGAAGGUUGAUAACAUGCCCUUCACUCAGGGGAAGGAGUUUGAGCUGACCUAUAUUAUCACCGCAGAAGGGUACCAGGUGAACGUAAAUGGUGCCGAGUUCUACUUGUUCAAGCACCGCAUAUCGGUGGAGCAAGUGAAAGUCCUGCAGAUCGCUGGAGACGUUUCUGUGACGGCCAUCAACAUCGUAGAGGGAACCGUACAGGAAUAUCCAAGUCCAGCAGAAAUGGGGACCGUCCAAACCAACAUACCUGUCCCAGGCUGUUUGAAGACAUGGAUGACAGUGUCCCUCCAGGGGUUGGUUCCCGCUGAGACCGACAGUUUCAGCAUCAACCUGCAGUGUGGAGACACCCAAGGCUGUGAUACAGCGUUCCACUUCAGCUCUCAGUUCAAGACCUCAGAGCUGGUGUUCAACAGCUUCCGUAAGGGCCACUGGGAAGAGGAGGAGCGGGUUGCCCAGAUGCCCUUCAAAACUGGGGAGAACUUCACGCUGGACUAUACUAUCACCUUAGAGGGCUACGAGGUGUCUGUAAAUGGUCACUUCAUCCACACGUUUAUGCACCGCAUGCCAGUAGCGCAAGUGAGUCUGAUGCAGAUCAUUGGAGACGUGUCCAUCAUGGCCAUCAACAUCAUCGAGACUUCCCCAUCUGUGACACCUCUUCCAAGUGGUUUGAAGCCAGGGACAGCUGUGAUCUUCCAGGGAGUACUUCCCAGUGAAAGCAACAGGUUCAGCAUCGACUUGCAGUGUGGAGAGACUGAAGGCUGUGACACAGCCUUCCAAUUCCAGCCCCAGUUAGAGCCUGAAGAGGUGGUGGUGUGCAACAGCUUCCAGAACGGCAGUUGGGAAACUGAGGAGAGGCUCACUGAGAUGCCCUUCCGUAAGGGAGAGGACUUUGAGCUGGUCUACAAUAUCACCGCAGAGGGCUACCAGGUGAAAGUAAAUGGUCAGCAGUACCACAUGUUUAAGCACCGCAUACCAGUAGAGCAAGUGAGAGCCCUUCUGGUCGCCGGGAACGUCAGCGUGCCAGCUGUCCACAUCAUAGAGGGAGAACCAUUCAUUAUGGAGGAAACUGCUUUUGAAACGGUGGUUAUUUGCGCCCCCUACGUGAUGCCCAUCCCGGGCGGCUUUAAGGAAGCGUCGUCCGUGAACUUCCGGGGCUCCAUCCCCGAGGGGAUCCCCAGCUUCAGCAUCGACCUGCAGUGCGGGGAGGCGGACGGCUCCGACACGGCCCUGCGCUUCAACCCCCAGUUCGAGCCCGCGGAGGCGGUGGUGUUCAACAGCUUCCGCGGCGGCAGCUGGGAGACGGAGGAGAGGGUGGACGCCAUGCCCUUCCGCCGGGGGGAGAGCUUCGAAGUGACCUUCCACAUCACCCCUGAGGGCUACCAGGUGAAAGUGAACGGUGCUGAGCUCCACAUGUUCAAGCACCGCAUUCCGGUGGAGCAAGUGAGUGCAGUGAAGAUAGUGGGGAACGUCACCGUGGAGACCGUAAACAUCAUCGAGGGAGACUUCGGUGCGGUGCCGCCAUCUUGCUUCGGUCAGAUCGAGGCUACUGGAUCUAUUGGUGGUGAGACAUGGACCUGUGGUGUUGCAGAGGUGGAAAGAGGAGAUGGCCCAAUUUAAUCCUUUCCAGGAGUGACAGUAUUUUGAUAUCUUGGUGCACUGUGGGAAUCGGGAGUUUAAACGGGAAGCACAUGUAUGACUCCUUCCACCAUUUCCAGCCCUUCACCCAAAUUUGAUGUCUGGAGAUGUAUGAUGUCAUUUUUCUGGCUACCCCGUUCUGAUGCCACUGUUCUGAUACCCUGCUCUUUGAUGUCACUGUUCUGAUACCCUCUCUGAUACCCUCCUCUGUUUGUCACUGGUGUUAGGGGCUCUGUUUCACAAAUUCAGUUAAUAAACG